GUCCAAUUCAGAUUACACAAAAUUCAAUAAUUAUGGUCAAUUUCACCAAAUCAUGCUCAAACCAUUUAAGGGUAUUUGGUAUUACAACUAAGAGAAUGUACAAACCAACUCCAUUUAAUCAAAUCCACUUCUAAAUUAAUCAUUCUCCUCUUUCUCUAUAUAUACCCAAAUGGACUCCUCAUUUCUCCAUCAAACACAUUAUUACUUUCUUCAUCACUUGCAUCUAUUACUAACUCAUACACCAAAAUGGCUAAAGCAUUACUCAAAGCCACUAUCCACAUAUUCUUGUUAGCCAUCACUUUCUCUGCUGCCAACUCAGCCAGAGUCCUUGAUGACGUGGAUCCACAAAAUCCGGUUUUUGUGGACCCGCCUGCCACAUUAACUAUCCCUCCCUCUACUACAUUGCCAAGUGGCCAAGUUCCUGCCAUUGCUCCUGAUGAGGCUGACUCACCACUCCCUGUACCACAAGUCCCUACAACUGUUGAAGCACCGGAUGCUGAUGUGGAAGCACCGGAUGCUGAUGUGGCACCUAUAACUCCUCCCAUUACUGUUGCAGCACCAAUUCCUCUUCCCACUACCACCACAUCCACAUCACCUAGUGGACCGGCCACCGCUGUGCCUACAAGUGCCACGGUGGCAAAUCCUGCUACCUCAGCUCCCCAAUUAUCUUUCUUUAUGCACGAUAUCUUAGGUGGAUCCACCCCGUCAGUGCGGGUGGUCACCGGAAUCAUUGCCCGGACCGACAUCAAUGGAAUUCCAUUCUCAGAACCGAACAACAACUUCUUCCCAGUCCAAGGUGGGAUCCCACUAACCAACAUUGACAAUAUUAACAACCUCAUAAACCCUAACACAGCCCCAUUAAUCACAGGCCUAAACCCAGGCCAAACCGGUACUAGUACUGUACUACAAAACAGUGGUAACAACAACAACGUUGUCAACAGCAACAACCAACCGUUUGUCAGCGCCGGCCAGAUUCCGGCAUCGUCCACAUUACAAAGGAUCAUGUUUGGGUCAAUAACAGUGAUUGACGACGAAUUAACAGAAGGGCAUGAGCUGGGUUCCGCCGUAAUGGGCAAGGCUCAGGGCUUCUAUUUGGCAAGCUCACUGGACGGAACAAGCCAUACCAUGGCAUUAACUAUUAUGUUGCAUGGGGAAGGUAAUGGCCACGUUGAAGAUACUAUUAGUUUCUUUGGAGUACAUAGGACUGCGUCGCACACAUCACAGAUUGCGGUGAUCGGAGGAACCGGAAAGUAUGAGAAUGGAAAAGGGUAUGCGACUGUUGAAACUCUUCCUCAGGAGAAUCAACACGUAACAGACGGUGUAGAUACUGUUAUGCAUUUCAAUGUUUACCUGUCUGAGUAAAAUGGGUGUAUUUGUUUGUUUGAUUUUAUUUGCUAGAUAUGGUAAUAUUUGUGUAACCGUGUGUGUUUGGAAAUUUGAAUGACUAUCUCAUGCUAUCUAUGAAAGAAAAUGAAUCGAGAAAUAGAAUGAGAAA